UGCGCAACAAUUACAGUAUGGGAUUCAAUAAUUAUUGAUAAUGUGAACAUUACAAAUAUCGAUUGCGCCACAACUCGUAUGGUAGACACCAUCGUUUGCGAGGUCACGGACGUGCAUAGAGGAAUAUGUCCUGUGCCAGGGGCCACCGAAAAAAUGCCAACAUCAACAAUACCGGUACACCAGACAAGUCAUAUUUGGCCCACCGCCACUCAAUCUUUCGUUACAGAAAACACAUCAUCAGAAUACACUUCAGUUGGAUUUAUGCAUCCAUCAAAGGAAACACUAUCAGAAAUGAAGGCAGUUCCUAACUUGUGGAUUGUUGCUGCUAUAGCGUCAAGUGUCGUUGUCACAAUCGCAAUCAUUUUACUAAGUUACUUGUUAAUCCGACGCAAGCAGAGAAGAACAAAACCAGGAUAUGAAAAACCCGUAGAUAAAGUUGUAUAUCAAGACUAUGUAGCUGAAGAUGUACACGAGUAUGCGAUACAUAACGCUGUUGUCAAAAACCAGAAAACCACAGCUGACGAGGUUGUGUACCAGGAUGUAAAAGGCAACAAUGAAUACCUGUACCAUAAUACAGCAGUUGAGGUGGUGUACCACGAUACCGCAGUUGAAGUGGUAUACCAGAAUUCAGCCGUUGACAGAGGCAAACGAACUGGAAACCGAAAAGGAAUUUCACAUGCCAUGGUUGGUGGUCAGACUUCUCCAUCAUGCAGUUCCAAAUCAUUUAGUCACAAAGACUCAGGUCGCUUCCAGAAAGUGUUCAUUGGGAGUGAAGAAAGUGGGAAAGGAAGCGUGGUUCAGUUUAGCGAGGAUUACAGUGAAAUUGAUGCGUAAGCACAAUGAGAACAUAAGCAAAUAACCAAAUUUUUAUCCGCAGAUAAUUGGUUGAAAUCAGCGGAAUGUUUUGCUCAUAGAUGCUUUGUGGUUGAUAAUGCAAUCACCAGCGUUUAAUGAGUUGAAAUGAUAUUAACUAUACUUUAGUAUAGCUUGACUCAAUUAACUCAAUUAAGACUAUAUCGU